UGGACGACUAACAUGAAACAACGGGACAAAAAAGGUUGCUUCAACAGGAAAAAGUCAACCAUAUAAUUUUUUAUAAACAGCGCUUAUUGGCAUAAUGAUUAUCUGAUGCUGGAAGUCCCUGCGUACAUGAGAGAAGGGAUCUUUGAAACCCAAAGUUUCUUCCAGCUUCUCCUGUUCGCUGGCUAAACAAAGUUUUGAGCUGUUCAACUGCUGGCAACUCUAUAUAACAUGACAGCAAUCCAAAUUUCCAACCUCCCUCCUCCAAUUUGCUGUGUUUCACUCCAAAUCUGCCAUCGCCAUGGCCAGUGCAUUCGACAGGUGUGAAGCAAAUGAUAAGCUCUUGGAAAAUGUGUGGAGUAGCUUCAUCACCGAGAGUGCCCCAGACAGCUGCAGUUCUGAUGGAUCCCACAAGAAGCCUGCAGCUUCCCGAGAAUGGGAUGAAAUGCCUCGUCUUGGAGGAGGGGGAGAAAAUCUAGCAGUCCUACAGAGGCUUCCAAGCCUUGGCAGGUGGAUAUCUAUGGGAGCUGAAACCUGGGAUGCACUGCUCGGUGAGAUUACAACCUCAAAUAGCUGUGAAACUUCUCUUGAUUCAGGAUACGAUGCCUGCUCAUCUUCAAAACCAAAAGCUUUGGCGGCAGAAAAGGUUACUCCCAAGCAUUUUAGAGGGGUGAGAAGGCGACCAUGGGGAAAGUUUGCAGCAGAGAUAAGGGACACCUCAAGGAAAGGGGCACGGAUUUGGCUCGGAACUUUCAAUACUGCAGAAGAAGCUGCCCUCGCAUAUGAUAAAGCUGCUUUAAGAAUGAGAGGACAGAAAGCUCGCCUUAAUUUCCCCAUGGAGAAAGUCGCCGAGGCUUCAGAAGGCGCUCACCUUGGCAUUGAAGGGAGCACUGCUUGCCCAGUGUAUGGCUGCAUCAAGACAAAUCAUAAUCCAAGAAAGAGAACAGCAAGGGAAUGGGACUCUCACGAUGAGGUUCCAGCUGAGCCACCAGCAUGGGAGAGAAAUAGCGGCAUUGAAGGGAGGGGAAGCAAUCAAGCAGACGUCGUGGAGUUACAAGACCUUGGUAGCGACUACUUAGAAAAUUUAUUGUCUUCUUUGUGAUGAAGAACAAGGAUCAAACAAUUAUUGUAGGCAUGAAAAUAAAUGAAAAUUCAUAUACCUGUUUAGCUAGUGUCAUGUCCAUGGAAUUGUAAACUAAUGCUUAAACAAUUUUUUUUUUAAAAUUUUUGGACUGUCCAAAAAUUAGCACAGGUUGUAACUUUUUACUUCAAAGUGAUGUAGAUAAACAAAAAUUUACAGUAUAUGAAGAGAAUAAGCAUGUUUGGUUGCUGUUUUUGUGCUCAAGAAGAUAGUAGUUGAUAUCUAUAUGAGAUGCAUAGAGAACUGCAGCCCUCAAAACUCUACCAAGUAAAGAGAAGUAGCAUCUUUGACAUCCUACCACUCUAUAGCAUUAAAACGAAAAAGAGUUUGUGCUAUAAUGAUGGUUGUACAUGGGUAGUGACUGAUCAUGUCUGACUAGUUAGUCUGGACCUUUUUUGGUGUUUCACCUUAAAAAACAAAUUUAGUGUCAUUGCCAUAUGUAAUGCACAAAAAGGAAGAGGGCAAAUUGAAAAAACAAACAAUAAAAUCAGAUAAAGGUUUAUGUUUAAUGAUGCUAGGAUUCGAGUAACAGGAUUUCCACAUAAUGCAUCAGGAUGCUGUGUCGGUUUAAUUGCGAUGCUAGACUAUCAUAAACACAAAUAUAUUUCACAAAUAACUGCUAAUAAACAGAUCAAACUAGAAGCAUGUAGACAAUAGCAAAAUGUAAACAUGAUUAUGCAAGAGACUACAAUUGGUAUUUAUAUCAAACAGUCUUUCCAUUGCCAUUUCAUCGCCUUUAAUUUCUGUGUUGUAUCUAAUUAUUGGCAAGCAAUUCUAAAGUCGAAAAAGUUUCGACGAACUAAUCCAAGGAAAUUAAACAGGCUACACCUUUCUUACACAUGAGGAAUAGAAAGAUCAUCUGUUGCAGAAAAGGACUUCCUCAUAUAAAAAUUAGCAGCAAAUAAAUCUCCCUUCCAUGCAAACAGUAGGCAGGAAAUCAUAAUACUCUGCCUGAUCAACAAAUUGUGCUGACAUCAUUUUUACCAUAACGCUCUUUGAAGCAAGAUUCUUCAAGAAAUUCAAAAGCAAGCUAACUUAUCAAAAAUAAGAGAUAGAAUUGCACCACCUGAAUCUUACUUUCUGAUAAAUAAACAGAGAUACCUCCAGAGAGGUGAAUGAAUAAACAGAGACUUGUCUCUUAGCAAGUUUAUGCAGGUCUGCCACACUUAGAUAAGAUGACUCUUAGAUUUCUCCAAGGCCUAGCAUAUUCUGUUCAGCUAUGUCCAUCUCAAAGUUGAGGCUCAAGCAAACUUCGAAUGAUGCUACCGGCCUGUCCUCAAUUUCAUCAUGCUUCAUUAAUAAACCAUAGCGGCAAUCAGUAAGUUGAAAAAAAUGCACCAGAA